AUGAUUGAGCAAAGCCAAACAAAAUCAAGAAACAGCUCAAAUUCAAGAUUCAGAUGGCAAAAUAUUGAUAUUAAAAGAUCAAAAAUUACCUGUUCAACGAACUUUCUGGAUCCCAGACUGAGGCUUCUACAGAGAGAUGAUGGAAGGAAUUCGAUAAGAGAGAAAGAUCCAAGAACUGUUUUUGGGUCCAAAACCCUGAGACUUAUGUUGAUUCUUUUGUCUACAAAAUUCUGGGAUCACAAGUGGGCGGGGUCGUUGCCUCUCAAGCUGGUGUUUCCUAGGUUGUACCUCCUUAGUGCUAAUAAAGAAGCACUCAUUAGUGAGUCGGGUUUUUGGGAGAACGGGGGCUGGAAGUGGGAUCUGAGUUGGAGACGAGAGCUCUUCGAAAGGGAUAAGAGGGGAGUUCAUGACCUGUUGUCUUUCAUUUCUGGUACUAAUCUUGUUGCAGGUGUGCCUGAUGAAUGGUCCUGGUCCGCCGCUAAAGAUGGUUUAUAUUUAACUAAGUCGGCAUACGAAGCCAUCAAAGAGACAAGACAAGAAAGGCGAACAUCGGAAGCGAUCAAUGAGAUCCUCUCCAAGGUGUGGAAAAGCCCAGUCCCACUUAAAGUAAGAGUCAUGGCCUGGAGGACGCUAAGAGAUAGACUACCUACCUGCGCCAAUCUUAGAAGAAGAAACAUUGCGCUGAAUGAAGUUGAUACCGGUUGUAAUGCGUGCUUUCAUAGCGAGGAGACGAUUAACCAUCUGCUUUUUCACUGCCCAAAGACUGAAAAAGUUUGGGAUGAUAUCUUUAGAUGGCUUGGCAUCUGUUUCGUGCGACCACAAAGCGUGGUUUCACACUUCCUUCUCUUUACCAACUUUGGAAACCGGAAAGAAAGUCGGAAAUUCCUUUUGGCGCUGUGGUGUUGUGUUGCUUGGGUCGUUUGGAGAUGUAGAAAUGCGAGCAGAUUCGAAGAAAAAGGAUGGGAAAUUUCCAAAGUGGUCUCGGAGAUUAAGGUGAGAAUGUGGGGUUGGGGUAAGAUCUUCGGGUUUCUUAAUUCUGAUUUGAGCUUAGAUGCCUGGAUUGCGGGUGUUCCAACUCCAUUGACGUUGUAA